AUGUCUGAAACUAGUACACCUUAUACUCCAGCUUCCACCUCUAUUUCUGUUGCUGGAAAUGAGACGGUCACGCUGGCGGACGAUAUUAAAAAAUACGACACGACCAAGCUUAUAGAUUUCUUGCGUGGGGAGAUAAUUCGCAAGAGGAAAAUUAAUGGCCGUGCUUUUCUCAAGACGAGCAAGGAAGACUUUGAGCGUUAUGGUUUGGAAGGAGGACCCGCGACAAAUCUUGCCGACUUCGCUAAGGAGUGUAAGGAUAAAAAAUUAAAAGCGUUCUCCUCGUACAGGAGUUUGAAGGAGGUGUUAAAAAAGUAUGACAUAGAUGGUAAUGGUAUAGGCACGAUCCGUCAAUUUCCACCGACAACUUAUCCACUCAAAGAUGAAGACGAAGAGUGCAACAAUAUAAAGCGUAGAUUGGGAAAUAUGGGGACUAUGCUUGCCGAUAGCAAUGAAGCCAUGCGUUGCGAGUAUAUUUCGACCAUUCUUCACGCUUCGCUCUAUAUCGUCAAAAGAAUAACCAAAAAAGAGCUUACCUUGGCACCUCAGCUCGAAGUUUUCGGCGAAGAAAGUACUGGUCGAGUUGAUUACGCAAUCAAAGCCCUCGAGGAACUUAUUUGCAUCACGGAAGGGAAGCUACAUCAAGCACCAUUCAUUUCUCCUUUUUUCUUUUUAACAUUCAAUCAAUAUUUAACAAUGAUGCUUAAAUUUAAAUCUCUUAUUAUUAUUGUACUUAUUUUAACAAGCUUCACGCACACACCUUUUGCCAUUCCAAUUAAACGUCAAAAUUGUGAUAAUUAUAAUAUAUACGAUUUUGGACUUAAAAUUGGAGUUACAUCUCUUUUAUGCUCAACUGAUGCUCUUGAUAUUUUAGAAAAUUUUUGUUCAAUUCGUAUGGCUCCAUGCAUGUCUGCGAUAGUUGUUGGUGGUUUUCGGGUUCAAGGUGAAGAAUUUAGUUCAAGUAAAUGGACUAAUAAUGGUCAAUGUGUAGAUGGAGGGGGAUAUACCAAUGUAACUGACGCAUGGUAUUAUGAUGAUGAACGUGGGGGAUGGCUUUGGGGUGGUGUAGCAAUUCAACAAUUAUCCGAAGAAGAAGUUCCAGCAGCAAAUAACCUUAUUAAAAUUAUGCAUUAUCCUAAAGCAAAUAAACGAGAGUAUGCAUCUAAUACUAUUUGGCUUGCAACCAGUAUUUCGCAAAUUGGUCAGAUAUCAUUACGUUCUACAGUAGAAUGUAUGCAACAGCAAGAUAUUUCUACAUUACAUACUAAUGCUCAAAUUCAUCAGUUUUGGAAUCAAAAGGAUCAAGUAUCUGUUGUAACUGUAGUUCAUCUUGAGGAUAUUCCUAGUUAUAAUGCAAAUACUGUAUCUAAUACUGUUAUAAAACAAUAUAGCUUGUCUUUUGAUAAAUAUCAGCUUUUAGAAGCUGUAGAUGUGUUAUCCAAUAAAGAAUUUCAAAUUUUAUUUGAUAGUUUAGAGCAUAGAAUUACAAAAGCCUUAGAAUUUUUUCAAAAAUAG